AUGGAUUCUUAUCUAGAACACUCACUCCAACAAAGUCUUGACUACCGUGUCAAGAUUGGGAUGCCUGUGGUUGACCUCUACCAUGAUACCAAUGACUCCCACCGUGCUCCCGACUUCUUUUCCAAUGACUAUCUCUCCAUCACCACCAACAAACAACUCCAUGAUCUUGUCGUCAAAUCUACUCUUUCAUGCACACGGCUCCUGGGCUCUACUGGCUCGCGGGUCCUCAAUGGGAACACCACGGAUCAUGUAGAGCUAGAGCGGUACCUCCAAUCGCAUUUUGAUGCACCUUCUGCCUUGCUCUGGAAUUCCGGUUACGACGCCAACGUUGCCUUUUUUGGAUCGGUGCCGCAGAAAGGAGAUUUCAUCCUCUUUGACGAGCUCAUUCACGCCUCUGUGAGGGAUGGAAUUACCGUCGCGCGCGCAUCACGCAACGCGUACCCCUUCUCGCAUAACUCAGUUGCAGCCUUUGAGGCCUGCUUGACUGAACUUGUGGAGAAGAACCCGCAGAUUUCUGAAAGAAAGGCAACAGUUUUUGUGGCAGUAGAGAGUUUGUACAGCAUGGAUGGAGACUUCAGUCCACUUCCGGAGCUUAUCAAGGUCCUCCAUAGAUAUGUACCGAGACAGUGCACUCACAUAGUCGUCGAUGAAGCCCAUUCGACUGGGAUGUGUGGUCCCUCGGGUCGAGGUUAUGUGGCUUUGCUAGGUCUCCAGAACAAAGUGGACACUGUUCUCCACACCUUCGGAAAAGCUCGAGGGUCUACCGGAGCCGUACUUUUGACCUCUCCGGUUGUACGCAAAUACCUCAUCAACUAUGCCCGACCAAUGAUCUACACGACGUCGAUGCCACGUUUCCACUUGUUAACCAUUAAAAACGCAUUCGACUUCAUCUCUAGCGCAGAUGGUGACGCGCUUCGAGAGCAGCUGCGCGAACGCAGCCUGUACCUUUCAAAGAAACUCCAGCGUCUCAUGAAGAAGGUUCCAAAGUCUGUGCUUUCUUUCCGCGACUCAGAACGAUCUUUCGACACCAUCGUCUCCCCAAUAUUUCCCCUGCUUUCAAGUAAAGCAGCCUCAUUGGCCGUGUACCUUCGUUCGAAGGGAUAUGCUGCCCAGGUAAUACCAUACCCGGCAGUUCCGAAAGGCCAAGAGAGAGUUCGGGUGGUCAUGCACGCCGAAAAUACAACUGAUGAUAUCGAUGUUUUUGCAGAAACCAUUGAGGAGUGGGUGGCGACCCAUAGCCGUCAGAUUUCGUCGGAUAUAGCUCCCGGGAAGAGUACAGAGUUACAGAGGGCCAUGCUAUGA